AUGAAGCUGGAUAUUAAAAAAGCCUUUGCCAAUCGGUCGGAUCGCGUGAAGGGCAUUGAUUUCCACCCUACAGAGCCAUGGAUUUUGACUACACUGUAUUCCGGUCGCGUGGAGAUUUGGAAUUUCGAGACUCAAACCGAGGUCAAAUCUAUAGCCGUCACAGAUACUCCAGUGAGGGCAGGGAAAUUCAUUGCUCGCAAAAACUGGAUUGUCGUAGGGUCUGACGAUUUUAAAAUCAGAGUCUUCAAUUACAACACGGGAGAAAAAGUCGCUGAUUUCGAGGCUCACCCAGACUACAUCCGUUCUCUUGCGGUACAUCCAACUAGACCAUAUUUGCUUUCUGGUUCAGAUGAUACAACAAUCAAAUUCUGGAACUGGGAGAAAAAUUGGUCCUUGGAACAGACCUUUGAAGGACACCAGCAUUUCGUUAUGAGCGUGGCUUUCAAUCCAAAAGAUCCUAGCACAUUUGCUUCGGCAAGUCAAGAUCUUACCGUGAAAAUCUGGUCUCUAGGUCAAGCCACCGCGAACUCCACCCUUCACGCUCACGAAACGAGAGGGGUCAACUAUGUUGAUUACUACCCGCUACAAGACAAGCCAUACUUGAUCACCAGCUCCGACGACCGCACUGCCAAGAUCUGGGAUUACCAAACGAAAUCCUGCGUGGCCACCCUUGAGGGGCACAUGGCCAAUGUUUCCUUCGCUGUUUUUCAUCCUUCUCUCCCAAUCAUCAUUACUGGCUCGGAGGAUAGCACAUUGAAGAUUUGGAACUCAAACACUUACAAAUUAGAGAAAACACUCAACUUAGGAUUAGAGAGAAGUUGGUGUAUCGCCACUCACCCAACAGGCAAGCGCAAUUAUAUCGCCUCAGGCUUUGAUAGCGGUUUCACCGUCCUAUCUUUAGGCAACGAUGAGCCAAAACUCUCCUUGGAUCCUGUUGGUAAAUUGGUAUGGUGUGGUGGAAAAAAUGCUCCAGCCACUGAUGUUUUCACUGCCGCUAUCAGAGGUAUCGAAGAAUCGGCUGAUGGAGAACCUAUACCGCUCCAAACCAAGGAAUUGGGAACUGUCGACGUUUUCCCACAAUCUAUGAGACAUUCUCCCAACGGAAGAUUUGUCACGGUAGUUGGCGAUGGCGAGUACAUCGUGUAUACCGCGCUAGCAUGGAGAAACAAGGCAUUUGGUAAAUGUCACGAUUUCGUUUGGGGUCCAGACUCAAAUAGUUAUGCACUGAUCGAUGAAACUGGUAACGUCAAGUUUUACAAAAAUUUUAAGGAAGUGACUUCUUGGUCGGUAUCUGUGGAAUUCGGAGUGGAGAAACUGUACGCAGGUGCAUUAUUGGGAGCCAAAGCCGACGGGUUUGUUUACUUCUUUGAUUGGGACUCAGGUUCCUUGGUCAGAAGGAUCGACGUCGAUGCACGCGAUGUCGUUUGGUCAGACAAUGGUGAGCUUGUCAUGAUGAUUAAUAAUACUGAUGAAAACAACUCCGAAGAGAGCUCGGCUUACGUUUUGGACUUCAAUAGAGAAGCUUACGAAGUUUUCUUGGCUAGCGAUGAAGAGCCUGCCGAGGAUGGUAUCGAAGAAGCAUUUGAGGUUCUAUAUGAGGUUACUGAACCAAUGAGUUCAGGUAAAUGGGUAGGAGACGUCUUUAUUUACACUACAGUGACCAACAGACUAAACUACUUUGUUGGUGGUAAGUCUUACAAUCUUGCUCAUUUCGACAAAGAAAUGUACAUGCUUGGAUACCUUCCUCGUGACAACAAGGUCUACUUGGCAGACCAUGACGUCCACAUCUACAGCUAUGAGAUAUCCAUCGAGGUUCUAGAGUUCCAGACUUUGGUUUUGAGGGGCGACCUAGAGCUGGCUAAAACUACCGUACUUCCCAAUAUUGAAGGCAAAGAAAACUUAUUGAAAAUUUCUCGGUUUUUGGAGGGUCAAAACCUUCACGAAGACGCUUUGGAAGUUAGCCCCGACAGCGACCAAAAAUUUGACCUAGCAUUGGAGCUAGGAAAGUUGUCGCUAGCCCAUAAAAUAGUGACCGAUAAUGAAAAUGAGUUCAAAUGGAGAAAGCUUGGCGACAAGGCUCUAGAGUGUUUCGAUUUCAAAAUGGCUCUAGAAUCUUACAAUAAAGCUUCUGAUCUAGAGUCGCUGUUCUUACUCUAUUCAUCUUUCAACAAUCAAGAUGCGCUGGUAGAGCUCGGACAUAAAGCCCAGAAAGUCGGAAAAUACAACUUGGCAUUCAACGCCUUCUGGGUUGCUGGCGAUGUUGAUAGUGCUAGAGAACUUCUUGCAUCAAGCGGAAGAUUUUCCGAGGCCACCAUUCUGUCGAAGGCCUAUAGCGACGAUGUGAAAGACACUAAUAGCAUGGUAGCGAGGUGGAAGGAAUGUCUAACUGAAAAUGGAAAAGGCGCCAUUGCGUCAAGAAUUUUGGAGGUCAGUGAGAAUGAGAAUAAAGUUGCGGACUCGCCAUUGAUUGAUAUAGAUGCAGAAGAUGAUAAAAAAGAAGAACCACUUCUUAAUGAAAGCACUCCAGCUGGAGAACCGGAAGCGGAAGAUGAGAAGAAAGAGGGUGAAGAAUCACAAGAUUGA